CGGUCCCACCUCCAGCGGCGUUAUGUAUCUGUUACGCAGCCGGGUUUCCUCUUCUUCCUUGACGCUUUGACUGAGGAUGGCUUCUCUAAAAGCGGCGCUGGUUUGUUCCACCCGGCUGUUAAAGACCCCGCGACAAAAGUCGCAUGUCGUUUACGUCACGAGGACCCUCGUCCUGCCCGGGCCGCCACUCUUCAGACGGCCCGAAGGUAGGUUCCUUACCUUUGGGCGACUGUCGAGCUCCACGGCAGCCAGAGGGGAAAAGGGAGAAGAGUCUCUCUUCAAAUGGAUCCUGCUGCUCAUCCCCGUCACCGCCUUUGGCCUCGGCACUUGGCAGAUGAGACGGCGUCAGUGGAAAAUGCAGCUGAUCAAUGAUCUGAGGAGGCUGGUCACUGCGGAACCCAUUCCGCUUCCUCUCGACCCCAACGAGUUGAAGGGCCUGGAGUACCGGCGGGUGAAGGUGCGCGGCCAGUUCGACCACGCGCGGGAGCUGUACGUCCUGCCGCGCUCGCCGGUCGACCCGGAGAAGGAGGCCAGAGAGGCGGGCACGCUGUCUUCCAGCGGAGAGACCGGCGCCAACGUCAUCACGCCGUUCCACUGCACCGACCUGGGCAUCACGAUCCUGGUGAACCGAGGGUACGUCCCCAAGCAGAAGGUCAGACCGGAGACCCGCAUGAAGGGGCAGGUGGAAGGCGAGGUGGAGGUGGUCGGUGUCGUUCGACUGACCGAGAACCGGAAACCCUUCGUGCCGAACAACGACGUGGCGAGGAACCGAUGGCACUACCGGGACCUGGAGGCCAUGGGCGCCGCCGCCGGAGCGGAGCCCAUCUUCAUCGACGCAGACUUUGGGAGCACGACCCCGGGGGGGCCAAUAGGAGGACAAACCAGAGUGACGCUGAGGAACGAACACAUGCAGUACAUGGUCACAUGGUUCGGCUUGUGCGCAGCCACCUCCUACAUGUGGUACGCAAAGUUCAUCAAGAAGAUUGUGUGAUGCAUUGAAUGUUUGAAAUAGUGUUCAUUGUGUAUUAGCAUCAAACUCUCUAGCACCUCAUAACUGAAAUAAAGCUCUAUAAACUUA